AUGUGGGGCAGGAUAGUGAACAGCGUCAGCAAUGCCCUAGACUUUAAUCAGGCCACGUUAAGUGGCUGCAUUGAUAUCAUCUGCGUGCGGAACCCGCACACGGGUGAGUUACACUCCACCCCUUUUCAUGUUCGCUUCGGCAAAGCCAAGCUGCUCCGCUCUAGGGAGAAGAUAGUCUCAGUAGCGGUGAAUAACAAGGCCACUGCCUUAGUGAUGAAAUUGGGGGCAGCGGGGGAGGCAUAUUUCAUGCAAGAAGUUGAAGAUGAUAUUGGAGUUACAGAAGAAGAAUUGGCAAGUCCCCUCUGCUCACCUCUGCAUUCACCUCGCCGCGGCCUCGCUAUUCAGUCAGAUGCCUCGCUGCCACCCGUUUCUCAGGAUACCUCAUCCCACCCACCUGCUCACCCAGGACAGGGUGCUAGUCUCUCUACUGCUGCUACAGCGGUUCUAGCAGAACCCCGCAAGGCAACCGACCGCGCGACAAAGUUGUGUGCAGACAGUGGUAACGAACGGGUACUUCAGUCCUCCGGCACAGAAAGUGCACUUCAUUCCUCUGGCAGCGAAGGCAGCGUUUUGAAGGAGGCCCCGCGUGCUUCCCUCCCACCUGACGCUUCCUCUACCUGGAGGUCAGCGUGGGGCACAGCUGCAAGAUAUGAAGGCACAACAGUUGGAGUGAGUGAGACGACUCCUGCUGCUUCUUACCCGGAUGGCGAGAAUCGUGGAGAAGGCCGAGGAGAUGAAAGUCGCGCUGCGGUUCAGUUUUCGCUCUGCGGCCACGUUUUGUUUGGCACAGCAGACGAAGCUCAACACGAUGCUGACGUUUUUAAGGCUAACUUAGUUACUUGGGAAGCUCUGGACGAGAAUCCCGGCCUCUGGUAUCACCCGUCUUUAGUGGCGUGCUUUGAACGGACUCCUCCCUAUUACCCCGCAAAAGUCGCUCUGCCCCUGUUGGCUAGCUGGUUGCUGUUUAACCGCCCGCUAUCCCUUUACAGUGUUAAGAAGCUUAUGACAGCAGAAAUCACUUACACCGACAGAGACGGUACAGGGUGGGCCCCCUGGCAAAUGGAUAGCAUGGGUAGCGGCGCAGGACUGUUACGGCCAAGGCCUGAGCCACUGAGCUCUUCAGACUUCACUCGGAGUAGCCCCCACAAAGACCAGCUUCAAGGCGCAACAUUUAGCAGCGGCGUCAACAGCGACAGCGAAUCCCCAGCAUUCGCCUCUAACACGGAGCCUUGCAGCGGCAAGAGGUUGAGGCGUUCUCUUAGGCCCACACCACAGCAACUGGAGUCGCUUGAUCUAAAGCCGGGGGCAAACAGCGUAUGCUUCACUGUCAGAUCCUCCCUCCAGGGUGAAAAGAGUGUGUGUGGAACAAUAUAUCUGUGGUCAACAGACAUCAAGAUCGUAGUCUCGGAUGUAGACGGCACCAUCACAAGAUCUGAUGUACUCGGGCAGUUGAUGCCAAUAGUUGGGAGAGACUGGUCUCACACAGGCGUAGCCGAGCUUUUUACAAAGAUAAAAAGGAGCGGCUAUUUGAUUCUGUAUCUGACAGCUCGGGCUAUCGGUCAGGCAGAUGCCACCCGCGAUUAUCUAUUCGGGCUUACACAGAAGGAGCGAGACAAGCUUCCAGACGGACCAUUGAUACUCAGUCCCGACCGGCUUUUCCCCUCCUUCCGCCGUGAAGUGAUCGAUCGAAAGCCCUACAUUUUCAAGAUUGCAGCCCUCAGAGACAUUCGGAGUCUUUUUCCCGCCAACAGAAAUCCCUUUUACGCAGGUUUUGGGAACAGAGAGUCGGAUCACAGGGCGUAUAUUCAUGUGGGUAUCCCCGAGGCCAAGAUCUUCAUCAUUGACACGGCUGGUGUUAUCCACCACAUCAGCAACUCCACUUACGCCCGGACCUACGAAACAAUGAGCGAGAUAGCGGAGCACAUGUUUCCACCUGUAAAGAAUUCUCCGAUUGCACAGGGACAGACGACUCAAGAGCUCGAGGAAAGGGAAGAGGAAGAGUUCAACGCCUUCAAUUACUGGUCUAUGAACUUCGAACCGCAAAGCGAGUCAGGUGACAGUGAAGCAAACAGCGCGGACGAGGGUGAGCACGCUAGCGCAUCCGUUGCAGCGGCCACAACUACAAGCGUAAUAAUACCGGGCGAGGUCCCCAGUCCUCGGGUUUUAUCGACCCCGCAACAGCAGGUGCUGCGGAGCUCAACAGGACGGCCCCUGGCACUUAAUUACUACUUCGGACUGGAUCGUACAGGUGGCGCUCACACCCCUUCACUACCUUCCCCACUCACUGCUGUGCCUGCGGUUUUAGCCGCCACCUCCGGUGCUGUAGGGGAGAGCAGAUGCUCUUUGGAAGGCAACGACUCAAGCGAACCUCGACUGCAGUCCCGUAUGUCAGGAGUUGCCACCUCGCAGCAGCAUGACUAUCUCCGCCGCUCGGCCUCGGAGGGUACCGAUCUGUCCGCACUAGACUGCCAUCAACAAGCGCACAACGGUCUCACAGUGCAAGCACAGCAGCAACAACUCUCGGCUGCGGCGCCGAGCAUGCUGCUGCUGCCGUCUGUUGUAUCUCUUCCCGGCUUUGAGCUAGGGCCCCUGGCCUUUCGAAGGCCUCAUGAUGCAGCCGGUACAUCUGAUAUGCCGGUUAGCAACUUGAUGGGGCAAGAAGCAGCUGGCCCCGCUACACAGAACAGUACCCAGCGUAAGGCUAUGGUUGCUAAUGGUAGCCUUGAAGAAAGUUUGCAGGCGAGCGAGAGCCCAGAAGCUGCGCUGGAUACGUCUUCAGGCUCUUUGUGUGAGAACAGAUGCUAUGAUAUUCCCACAGCAGCAGAUCCGUGUCUUGGUGCGCAUCCCUUGAUUCCCUCUACGGCGGUUACUGCAGUAACAGAUGAACCCCAGCUUGUUGAAGCACCUAGAGCAGCAGCAGCCUCAAACACUAGGGGAAGUGAAGCUGCCGCUGCAGUUGAUACUUGCAACUCCGUGAACACCUCCAGGCUGCCUGUGCGUGAAGUGCACGACACACGCACAGAUACAGGCAACAAGCUUUGCAGAAUCAGCAGUCACUCGCUUAUCCCGCCUCCGAGACUUUCAGCUGAACCGAAAAGCGUGUCUCCUCAGCAGGAUGGUCUCACAAUCAAGGGCGAAGGCGCUUCCGUACUUUCGCCGCCUGCAAGAACUAGUGCAUCAAUGGGAGCAUCUGUAUGUGACAAUACAGCAGGUGAAGGACAGCCACAGGAAACAGCUAUUUCUGAGUUCUCUAGGCCGUCGACCAACGGCAUUCUGGCCCCCAGUAAUUUGACAAGCAUCAAUAACCGGAUAGUGCCCACUGCUGCAACUGCUCUCGCUCCCUGUAGCUCUAAUGCACGUCUGUGGCUUCCACGGAGUACACGUGAAAUUCGUGAGUGCAGUAGUACUAGCGUGAUGUUUAUGGCGCUAGCACAGGAUACACCGCGAUUUAGACGAAAAUGUCCUAAUGCAGUUGAUUCAACGGAUUCGGUUAGCUCGGCCUUUGCAGCAGUCGCAGCAACAGCUAAACCUGGGGUCGAUGCAACACGAGUAGUUGCUGGGAUUCGUGCAUCCAAGGUGGAAAGCACCGAGGGUCUCGGCUCAUACAGCUCAUUUGAAUCAGCAGACAUCCAAGCCAGCCGUUGUGAUUCCUUUGCUUCUGCCACAAGCCGUUCCCGCACUGACGACGAAACCCAACAGGAGCAGCAGAUGAAGGAGAAGCAGAGGGAGGCGAGGGAGCUGGAGCGCCAAGCGCGCUCUGUUAAGGAAAGGAUCAGAAUCCAGAGGCGCAAGCAGCGCGAGGCCAGGAGGCAGCAGAAGAAGGAAAACGAAAUGAAGAGCGCCAGAGUACAAGUCAUCAAGGAUACAACAAAAAUUAGAAAGUGGAAUAAGCAGGCAAGGAAACAACUGGUCAAAAUGUCUCCUGAAAUGAUUCGGCAGCUGUACGGAGUGCAGCUCUAG